AAUGUAAAAUGAUUUUGUUGCUAAAGAAGAAGAAUAACAAACCCCAGCAUCUUUUGAAAUGAUUGGUUCGGUAAUAUUCUACAAUAAGAUAGAUGAGGGAUUAAAAUUCUUAAAGUUCUAUUAUUUUACAAAAAUAAACAAAAAUUGUAGAAAAAUUUUAUAUUGCUUUGGCCCGACUAUAAGAAGCCUAAUACAAAGAGUAAAAUUAAAUUACUCCAAGAUACCCUUUUGUUUUUUAAUACUCAUUCAAUGAGUUAAUUGUAAAUUUAAAUAUAUUAUUUUUUUGUAGGUUCAUCUUGGAGACCAUUAAGUCUAAUUACAUUAGGAAUAAGAUUCAAUUAAAUAUAAAUAGAAAAAAUUAAGGUGCUUAGAGAAAAAGCCCAUAUUCCAUUCAAAGCCAUCUGUAUAAAAGCGAUAUGGUUUUUCUUUGUAAGAUUAAAAAGACUCAAAGAAUAUACCAAAGAAUUACUGUAAAGCUAUAAUCAAUUUUGCAUAAAAAAAUUAACAAUUAUGCUUAAAAAUUCUUGAAGAUGAAUUAUAAGUUGCUAAAUUUAUUGAGUUUUUAUCAAAUCAGAAAAAGAAAUUACUUAACAUAAAAGUAUUCAGUGCAUUACUUCAAUAAUGUGAGGAUCCUUCUUUAGAAAAAUUUAAUAGAACUUUCAGAAUUAUAAGGUAUAUAUUUCUAUUAAAAUAGUCAAAUUUUUAUAAAAAAAUAAGCAAUUAAUUAUAUUUAUAAUUCGAAAAUUGUUUAAUAAAAUUGGCAUAUUAGAUAUAGAUAAUAAAUACAUAAAGGAAUCAGAAAUCCUAGAAAUUUUUCUCACAUAAAGAAACUUUGA